ACCGAACCGUCGCGUAGUUUUAAACCACGACUCUAUCGUCCUCCUCCUUCCCUUAUAUAAAGGCUUUGCCACCUUCGUGUAACUUCAAACACGCUCAAAGUAAACUCCCAUCUUCUUCAGUGUUUGUUAAGCUCAAUUCAAACUCAACCCUCUUUGUUUCUUCUCUAACAAAGUAUAGUAAUGUCGAAAAAGAGAGCUGGUGACGUUUCAAAAGGUAUUCACAAAUCUCACGGUUUGAUUCCCGGUUUACCGUCUGAGUUAGCUAUCGAGUGUCUGGUCAGAGUACCGCACCGGUUCCAGUACGAUAUGAAGUCUGUUAGCCGUUCUUGGCGCAGCUUACUCUCUGACUCUUCGUUGACCAAAGAGCGGCAGAGAUGCGGCAAAGCAGAGCUGCUCCUUUGUUUGGUUCAACCGCUUACGCCGCCAAAUCCAGCGUCCAAAGCGGUUGGAGAGACAUUACUGGGUGACAAAGAAGUGGAGGAUGAUGAGUCACCGCGCGUUUCGGGGACGCCACGGUUUGGGUUGAGCGUUUACAACGCUACUAUGUCCACGUGGAACCGCGUCGCGUUUCCAGAUCAGCAGAUCCCGCUUUUCUGCGAGUGCGUCGCGGUUCAGGCCGCCGGGAAGAUUCUCCUCAUCGGCGGGUGGGAUCUGGAGACGCUACAGCCGGUGAAGGACGUCUACGUCAUCGAACUCGCCGGAGAAGGAAGCGGAAGGAGGUGGAGAAAAGGAGCGUCUAUGAACGAAGCGCGCUCCUUCUUCGCCUGCGCCACCGUCGGCUCGACGAAAGUGUACGUCGCCGGAGGACACGACGAUCAGAAGAACGCUUUGCGAUCAGCGGAGGUCUACGACGUGGAGAAAGACGAGUGGUUGAUGCUUACUCCGAUGACGGAAGGAAGAGACGAGUGUCAAGGACUCGCCAUGGGCCCCAAAAUAGCCCAUUUACAUUUUGACAAGGACGGCCCAUUAUCGGCCCACUUAUUUGACAGUUAUACCGUUGGGAUGGAGCUAGGAUUCUGCGUUUUGAGCGGUUAUGGAACAGAGUCUCAAGGGAGGUUCCGCUCCGACGGAGAAGUGUACGAUCCUGUAACAGACUCCUGGUCAAGAAUCGAAAACGUGUGGCCGUUUCCGGAUACAUGCCGUAGAGGCCGCGUCGCCGGAGAGAUCAGAGGCUCCUCCUCUAAGUUAUGGUGUUUCACUGACAGUAAGAGACGGUGGGAGACUGAAGACGAGUCAGGAAAAUGGAGACUUGAUCUUGAAAGUAUGCAGCUUCCCGUCACCGGAAGCUCGGUUUAUGGAGGAAGUUUAGGAGGUGAAGCGGUGGUGAUGAUUGGCGGGGGGAGUGAGAGCGAAGGUAGAGGAACGAUGAUGAGGAAGACGUCGGAAAAAUGGAGCCGUGUCCAUGAGAUUCCUUUUGGUUUCUCUACUCAACCAUUCUCACAUGCUUCAAUCUAUGUCUGAAAAUUUUAAUAGAUAUGAUGAAACCACAAACUGCUUUUGAUUAAAAGUGUUAUUAAAGUACAACAUUGUCUUUGUGAUCUGGUCUGAAGAUUCUAAAGAUAACCAUUGUACUUGUGAUCUUGUCUGAAGGAAAAGAAUUGUAAAAUGUUUUUUUUGAA